AUGUUGUAUGUACAUUGACUCUGGACUAUCAAGACUCCCUUCCUCUACUUUUCAGUCAUCUAAUUAUACUUCAUUCUCAGUGUUGUAACCAUUCCAAUCUAAAGAUUUUAGUUGUAUUCUGAAGAGAGCUUGUAGAAAUGAAUGCUCUUGCAGCCACCAAUCGCAACUUUCGCCAGGCGGCUCGCAUCCUCGGCUUGGACUCCAAGAUUGAGAAGAGUCUUUUGAUCCCGUUCAGAGAAAUCAAGGUGGAGUGCACGAUCCCCAAGGAUGAUGGAACGCUGGUGUCUUACGUUGGAUUCAGAGUGCAGCAUGAUAAUUCUCGUGGACCUAUGAAAGGAGGGAUUAGAUACCAUCCAGAGGUCGACCCUGAUGAGGUGAAUGCUCUUGCUCAAUUGAUGACCUGGAAGACUGCUGUAGCAGAUAUUCCGUAUGGUGGAGCUAAGGGCGGGAUAGGUUGCACUCCAAAAGAUUUAAGUACGAGUGAGUUGGAACGCCUUACCCGUGUCUUCACACAAAAAAUUCACGAUCUUAUAGGAGUUAAUACAGACGUCCCGGCACCAGAUAUGGGCACUAAUGCUCAGACAAUGGCUUGGAUUUUGGAUGAGUACUCAAAAUUUCAUGGUCACUCACCUGCAGUUGUCACAGGGAAACCAAUUGAUCUCGGUGGUUCACUGGGACGUGAGGCUGCAACUGGGCGUGGUGUUGUAUAUGCCACAGAAGCAUUACUUGCUGAACAUGGCAAGUCAGUAAAGGGUUUAACAUUCGCCAUUCAGGGGUUUGGAAAUGUCGGAUCAUGGGCUGCAAGACUCAUACAUGAAAGAGGUGGCAAGGUCAUUGCAGUGAGUGACAUAACUGGAGCUGUGAAGAAUCCUAUUGGCAUUGACAUACCAGCUUUGCUUCAGCAUAAAGAGGCAACAGGAAAGCUAGCCGAUUUUGGUGGUGCUGAUGCGAUGGACUCAAAUGACUUACUAACUCAUGAAUGUGAUGUUCUCAUACCAUGUGCUCUAGGCGGAGUUCUGAACAGAGAAAAUGCUGGAGAUGUCAAAGCCAAAUUCAUCAUAGAAGCUGCUAAUCAUCCUACUGAUCCAGAAGCCGAUGAGAUUUUGUCCAAAAAGGGAGUCACGAUACUCCCGGAUAUAUAUGCAAACGCAGGGGGAGUGACGGUUAGUUAUUUUGAGUGGGUUCAGAACAUUCAAGGCUUUAUGUGGGAAGAAGAGAAGGUGAAUCAGGAGCUUAAGAGAUACAUGACAAAAGCCUUCAAUAACAUCAAGGGCAUGUGUCAGUCUCACAAUUGCUGUCUUCGCAUGGGUGCCUUUACACUGGGCGUGAACCGUGUUGCUCGUGCUACUCAGCUGAGGGGUUGGGAAGCCUAACAUUCUUAUUGACUACAGAGUUCAAGAAGACUGUUCAACAGUUUCUUUUCUUCCUUCUCUUGAAUCUUUUGACCUCAUGACUUAUAAAUCUAUUUUGUACUCAUUUACAAUACAGCAACGAAAUGCCUCUGAUUCAAUGUACUGCUAAUUCAUGUUUAAUUUCUGAAAAAACAGCUUCUUUUGUCAAUUCUUUUUCCUGUGCUGUGACCAAAUUGUGACCUUGAGGAGCAAAUGAAUAGUCUUGUCAACUUA